GACAUGUCGAGUAUGUACUUACAUACAGACAACAGUUUCUUGGUUUCUUUCGUAGAAGCAUGAUAUUUAUUUAUAUACAUCGAUUGUUGCAGUUUUCAAUUGUCAUAUAUCGACCAAGUUCAUACUUAUUAAAAGUUACUUAUAUCAAAAGUAUUUAUUGGAUGAAUGUUUUAAUUAUAAAUUAUUAAUGGAUCCGAAUUUCGAAGGUGCUAAAAAGGCUGCUUCCAAAGCAAUAGAAUAUGAUAGUGAAAAACAAUUUGAAAAGGCUUUGUGUUGGUAUGAGGUUACUAUUAAAUUUCUCCAUAAGUCACUCACUCACACUAAUGUAUCCUCAAAGCUAAGUGAAUAUCAAGAUAGAAUCAAAGUUUUAAAAGCACUUGUCAACGAUGGCAAAAAAAAUGCAUCAGAAUCAGAGGAAGAAUUACAGAAAGUUAAAUUUCUUUUCAAAGAAGCUAUGGAUGCUGAUGAAUGGGGAUGGAAAAACAUAGCAGUGAUGCUUUAUGCAGAUGCCGCUGAACUUGGUCUAGAUAUCAAAAAGCAAAUCGGCAAUGAAAAUGUGAAGGCAAAACUGACAAACUUAACUCAGCGAGCCAUAAACAGGGCCGAAGAAUUGGAAGGAAUCGACAGGAAUAAAAUAUUCGAUCCUUUGCCUCUACUUCAAAAUUUACCUACUGUUCCUGAAACGAUUCCAGCUUCUCCAACAACUUCUGUCAAUAGUUCGCCUUCUUUUGGCAAUAAUUCACCCGAAAGGUCUCGGAAGCCUUCACUUCACCGGGGAAGCAGUGCUCAUCUCAAGGUUACGGGAGGUAGUGGCAAUUACACAGAGGAAGAGAAGAAAGUAUUGUUGACUACAUCUCACAUAAAUGACAAUGAAUUCGUCCCAUUUAUGAGCGUCGAUCUUGCAGAAAAAUUUAAAUUUUCUACGGUAUUCGUUGACAAAGAUGGUCUAUUAGAGCUUGCGCCAAAACAAAAAAAUAGUUUCGCUAGGUGGGCGAGACCAAGUGAUAUUUUUUCUGAGCCAAAAAUGCUAAUGAACAACCACGUAGAUUAUUUCAGUAUUAAACAAACGGUUGUUUCUGAUUGUUCUUUUGUAGCAUCUCUUGCCGUUAGUGCUCAGUAUGAGAAGAAAUUUGGUAACCGUCUUAUUACAUCUAUUAUCUACCCUCAGAAUUAUAAUAAAGCUCCUCUUUACAAUCCGUAUGGAAAGUACAUGGUUAAACUUCAUAUAAACGGAAUACCAAGAAAAGUUGUAAUCGAUGAUUCAUUACCGGUUGGCAGUGAUGAUCAGUUAUUAUGUUCAUAUUCAAGCAAUCGUGGUGAAAUCUGGAUUUCUUUAUUGGAAAAAGCAUAUAUGAAAGUCAUGGGUGGUUAUGAUUUUCCGGGGUCAAACAGUAACAUUGAUCUUCACGCCCUUACAGGGUGGAUACCAGAAAGAUGGGCAAUUAGAGUUAAUGAACCAGAUUUCAAUGUCGAUGGGUUAUUUAAAAUUCUCCUAGAACGUCUUCAUAAUGGAAGUGUUCUUGCAACUGUUGCUACUGGUGAAUUGUCUGAUUCAGUAUCUGACAAAACCGGUCUAGUUCCUACGCAUGCUUAUGCUGUUUUAGAUAUUCGACUUGUUGACGGGAAAAGACUUUUGCAGCUGAAAAAUCCUUGGUCACAUUUACGAUGGCGCGGAAAUUUUUCCGAGCAUGAUAUUCAUCACUGGACACCACAGCUCAAGCGAACUCUUAAUUACGAUCCCGAAUCAGCAUCUCAAUAUGAUAAUGGUAUUUUUUGGAUUGACUACGAAAGUAUUUGUCGCUUUUUCGAUGUCUUUUAUCUUAAUUGGAAUCCAAAACUUUUCAAAUAUACUUACUGUAUUCAUCAAAUGUGGAAGGCAGGAGUAGGACCUAUCAAAGAUGCUUAUAAUAUAUCAGACAAUCCUCAGUUCUCAUUGGAAGUUCAACAACCAAAUAUUUCAGGCGCUAUAUGGAUAUUGUUAACUAGGCAUAUUACCGAUAUAGCAGACUUUCGACAAAAUCAAGAAUACAUCACUGUUUUAGUCUAUAAAAAUAAUGGAAAAAGAGUGUUUUAUCCUCAUGAUCCACCGCCGUAUAUUGACGGAGUAAGAAUAAACAGUCCACAUUAUUUGACAAAGAUUAAAUUGAAUCCUGAGAGUGAAUCUAAGUACACUCUUGUUGUUUCUCAAUAUGAAAAAAUGAAUACAAUUUACUACACUCUAAGAGCAUAUGGAACAUGUCCGUUUUCUUUAAAAAAAAUGUCUGAGCCGUACAAAUUUGAGAAAGAGAUCAAAGAUGGUCAAUGGAAAAUGGAAGAUAAAACUGCUGGAGGAUGCGGUAAUCAUCCAGGCACUUAUCAAGAUAAUCCGCGUUAUCAGAUUAAUUUAGAAAGUACUCACAACAAUAAUUACCUCUUGAUAAUUUUAAAAGGACCAAAACAAUAUCAAAUUGGUUUUGAAAUAAUUUCUAUGAAUAAUACAAAUACGCCGUCCACUUUUCAAAACAAGACUUCAGGACCAUUCAGAUCUGGGUUCGUGAGUUUAGAGCUUGAAGAUGUACCAGCAGGCAAUUAUCAUAUUAUUCCAGCAACCUUUUUGCCAGGCCAAGAGGGGCCUUUUUUCUUAACCAUAAAAGCUUCAUGUGAUUUUGAAAUUUUACGAAUUCAUUAGAAAAUAUUAAUUAAUAUUGAAGAAAUUUUAUCUAUUCAUUAAUAACAGAAAUCUAUACAGUUUAUGAACUUACCAUAUUUUUAUAUUGAAACUAGUGCAUAAUUUUAAAUUUAUAGCUAAUAAAAUACUUUUAACUGCAUAAGAAUCAUUCCUCUCAAAAUAAGCUACUUUUUAGAUGACAGCUUGAAAUUUUUUUGGACCACAUGUUUCUGGAGUACGUUUCUUUAAAUUUUGUUUUAUCUUCUGAAUGCUCCUAGCUUAAAAAAUAAUAUGAUUUUAAAUUACAUUAUUGUCUUUUAUUUUUAGUGUAAUAAAAGAAAAAAAGAUUUUUGUUCAGAUGUAUGCUGUGACGAUUUUUUAGAAAAAUUUUUGUAGAUACAAAAUUUUUUGACACAAGUAAUUCAAUUUAAAUCUCAAAAUAUUCUCUCAUUUAUCUGAGUGAUAAUCUUAAAGCAUAAGUUAAAGAUCUAGUCAUUUUUACAGUACAUAGUCAUCUUUAAAGUUUUCGAGCACAUUAAAAUAGGAAUCGCUUUUUAAAAUAUUUCUUAUAAUUCACAAAAUUAUGGAAGCGAAUGCUAUAGUUAACUUUCAUCAACAAUAAAAGAAACAUGUAAUUCAAAAAACUACGAAGACAAAAAAAUUGAAGCUUUAAGAUGAACUGUGCAGAUCUUUGAUGGAUUUUUACAAUCAAAAGUUAAUUAAUUAAAGUAAAAAAUAACGAAAAUAAAAGAUUAUUUUUUUUUAAUUUUGAACUACUGCUAUUCUUAAACUAGUUUACCGAUUUAGCUAAUCUUCACACUAAUAAAUAAUACGUCAAAUUUCUACAAGUUUGUUUACGAUGUGGCUGUGAUUGCAUUAAUGAAUUUUUCGAUGAUAAUCAGUUGUAAUUUUUUGUUAUACUUUUGAUUAUAAAAAACUUUGUCUUGAUUUGUACGUCCCAUUAAAAUUGUGUUUUUAGAUUUCGUAUGUAUUUUAGAAGAUACUGCUUCUAAAAUAAACAAAUAUUAAAAAUUAAAAUAUAAAAAUUUUUUCCAAAGAUCUUGAAA